UUCUAAGUGGGAGGAUGAUAUCGACACCAAGGAAAAGCGAGUUGGCAUAAUUGGCAACGGUUCGACCGGGAUACAGAUCAUUAACAUAAUUGCACCUGAAGUGGAUUCCCUGACAUGUUUCAUUCGCCAUCCACAAUAUGUCGCGCCCGCAGGACUUCGCGAUUUUACACCUGAAGAGCUAGAGAUGUUCAAGUCUAUUUACAAACAGAUGUGGCGAAGCGUUCGUGACUCUGCGUCGGCCUUUGGCUUUGUAGAACCGACUCGAACCUUCGCCGAAGCGUCCCCGAGGAAAGAGGACUAG